CAAAUUGCUUUUUUGUUACCGUUAAUUUUGUAGGUGGGUUACACGAGAUUGGUUACACUUGUUAUUUUUGUCACUGGAUAUAAACAACUUUGGGCAUGGAUGCAGGUAAUCACCUAGGAGAGAAUGAACUCGAGGACCUGUUGAAGGAAUUUGAAGACGUGAUCGAGGAUUUCAAGGCUCCCGCUCCCAAGAAUCCUUCAGUUUAUGAACGCCAUUUGCAAGAAGCGAAACAGCAGAGCGGCACAGAUAGUGGCUUCAGCGACACCGAUCACAGCGGCGUCUCUUCUGCCAUAAGUAGCCUGAACAACAGUGAAGAGAAUUUAAAUAACGUGGACACACUGGCGCCAUCAAAAGCAAAACUUGGUGACACAAGGGAUUUAGAAAAUUUUAUUGAAAAUCUUGACAAAGAACUAGCCGAGAUGUAUUCCGAAUGAAAAACCUUUGACCUGAAAUAACGGCUCCACUCUCAGAAUGAACUGUUUUGCAAACUAAGAAGAAGUGAUCUGAUUCAAUGAUGUCUAUUUUUACAAGAAGAAAAUUCUUGUUUUACAGAAUAAGCAUUAGACUUUUCUUUAAAUAUGUCAAUACAGUAGCUAAAAUGUCCAUGUGAAGAAAAUUGAUGUUUGAAAAGUUGAUUUUGCAUGUGUGUGUAUAUAUAUACAUACAAUCCACCUUCUCAGAAAGUUGCCCCCAGGUAGCCAAGGCACACUUUUAAAUAGGCCUCUGUAUUUGCUGACAACGCCCAUGAAAGGAAAGAAACAAUGGGAAAUUAAAAACGCACUAGUCACAAGAAAGAAGUACUGUAACACAAAUAUUACUUUCAAUUGGCUUGCCGUUAAAACAUCAACAUUCAUCUAGGAUUGCAAGACCAUACUCUCUGUAGUUUCAUACGUUGAGCUAAGAGGCCACUUUUAGGGAGCUCCAUUGUAAGUAGCUAUGAUCAUCGUUUGAUUUGGGAGAUGAGUAAUCUUUGUGUUUUUCAUAUAGGAGUUUGUAGUCUCACGAAUGCCUGUCACUGAACGUCUGACUUAUGAGGUAGUAUUCAUAAGGUAGGUAGUUCCAAGCUUCUCUCCUCCUCAAUGUCCCUAAUUUAGAAUGAAUUGUACUGUAGAUGUAGUUUUAUAUAUAGGUUUUUUGUAAAGAGCGUAUAUCUGAAGCCAUUUCGGGGGUAAAGUCUCAUACAGCUCACCAGGCUCACAUCUAAAGCUCAUGCACUCUCCCCCAUGUCCUGUGUGUACUGAGGCAGCGUUUCCGACACUGAUGGUGUCACGUCCAAGUUUUUCCAAUGCUGUUGUGUUCGCAAACAACUGUUUUUCACCCUCUGUGAAUUUAGUGUGAUCGUCUGAGCGGCGGGAGAGGAAGUAGUACACCCCAGUGAAUCAAGUAUGAUCAUCAAAGUGGGGGUCCAGGAUUGAUUGCAAUCUAUCCACGAUGCUGCUGCUGAGAAUCUAGCACAAUCAUCAAACUUGCAACUGCAAUGCAAUGUUCUAAGUCAUGCAUGUUAGCUUAAUUAGCUAUGGACACACAAUGUUUCUAGUGUAAGCGCCAUGUUACUCUGAAGUAGAGUAAGUGGACUGAAAACAUGAAUGGCAAACAUAUCUAAAGUGCUACUGUUUUCAAGCUUGUUUCCAACUUUUUUGCUUUCUCUGGGCCAAUCACAGCCAUCAUAAUUCUCUAUUAUUAUUGCUUCAGCUGAUCUAACCAAUAGGAAUAUUUCUCCUGCAUCAGGAGUCAAAUGGUUGUGAUUUAUAUAGCAGAGCCCCUUCCCUAUCUUGUUAUCUGCUGCUCCGGUCGCCAUUUAAUUGGCUUGGUCUGACUCCUUAUUUACUUCUGCUAAAAGCAACUGCAAAAAUUCCCACUAACAUUUAAAUUACUUUUCCAUACAAAUGAAAGAAAGACAGUUAAAAAAAGCCAUAGAACAUAGUUAUUUUGCAGAGUAAAUGUUCAAUAUCUUUUGGAAAAAUACAUCAAGGGGCUAUACUUGACAACAGAAUCCACAUCAUAAGACUUAAGAAUCAAAAUGCAAAAGGAGUAAUGUAGAGAACUAGUCCACAAAGUCACUGUGUGUAAAUACAGUGAAAUACAAGUGACAGAGACAAUAGCAGACUUGUGCACUUCUGGCAGCCAAGUUCUUCUUACCCAACCUCUUCUAAAGCACGGCCUCUGUCCCCUAGCAUUUCCUGAGAAUCUGAUUACAAAUGAUGCUUCCCAUUCCAGCUAUUUGGUUCAUCCUGUUUAUACUAUGGUAUAAAACAUGAAACGUACUGUCUCCAUGAAAGACUGAUUGUAAAUAAUAUCAAAGCUGUUUUAUAUUUUUUGUGUGUAAUGUCUGUACAUGUGACUGCAUAUAAAUAAGCCUUAAUAAAUGCUGUAAAUGUCAAAAAAUCUGUGGUUUCCUUAGACAUAAAGUCUUAGACGGCUGCUUUCAUGGACAAA